AUGGCUGCGAAGAAGACAAAAACCAGCAAAAGCGCCCCGGCGCCUCCUCCCACGCAGCUUGUUGCCUCUGUCGCCGCCUUUCUGACCCAGUAUGGCUUCACUGAGGCUGGUAAGGCACUUUUGAAGGAGAAGGUGACCAAGGCUGCCGAUUCGGAGAACGCGCCUGAUCUGCUGGAUCUCUUCCAGAGCUGGGAAUCCCAGAACAAGAAGGAUUCUAGUGACAGCGAUGAAAGCAGUUCGGAGAGUGAGGAUAGUUCAGACGAGUCUAGCGACGACUCCGACGUUGAGAUGGACGAUGCUCCGAAGAAUAGCAAGGCAUCUAGAGAGUCUUCGCCCGCCUCCUCGUCCGCUUCUUCAUCAAGCUCUGAUAGCGAUGCCGAUGAUGAAGAUGAAGAUGAGGACAAAUCUUCUGCCCCGGCUCCUGCUACGAAGUCGGCCGGUGUGAAACGAAAGGCGGAGUCCAGCUCAUCGGAAUCCGACUCUGAUUCUAGCUCAGAGGACGAAGCCCCCAAAGCCAAAAAGGCAAAGGUGGAAUCGGAUUCGGAUUCGGGGUCUUCAUCGGAGAGCGACUCUAGUUCUGACUCUAGCUCUGACUCCGACUCUAGUUCUGACUCUGGUUCUGACACUGAUUCCGAGUCCGACUCCGACUCUGACUCUGAUUCCGAUUCCGAUUCCGAUUCCUCCUCCGAGUCUGGAUCUGGGUCUGAUUCCUCAUCCUCUUCCUCAGAGGACUCUUCGUCCGAGUCUGAAGAUGACACCAAGAAGGCAACUCCAUCAUCCGAUUCGGGCGGAUCCGAGAGCUCGUCUGCUUCUGAUGCUUCAGAGAAAAGUGACGCCAAGCAGCAGGCCUCGCAGAACUCAUCCACCGAUACUACGGGCACUGUCCAGGAUUCGGAAUCCGACCAGCAGCAAACUACCUCGGCCUACGACAGCCCUGCCCCCGGCAAAGUCGCGCCCAAGAAGAAGCAUACCGGCGCCCGGCCGACCCCUCUGGCUGCCUUGAGCGCGCUUCCCCACGACCAUCCGUCGAACGAGUAUGUUCCGUAUGCCUACGCCGAGCGCGCCUGGAAAGAUCUCUCUGUCACCCGCGGCAAGGGCUUCACCAAGGAGAAGAACAAGAAGAAGCGCGGCUCCUACCGUGGCGGACCGAUCGACAUCAGCGGGGGCAAGAGCUUCAAGUUUGAAGACUAA